AUGUGGGCCGUCAUCGGUAUCUACGCGGUGGCCAUCUUCGUCCAUGUCGUCAAGAUCAGUGAGGUGACCGAUGCCUUUGAGCAGCUCAUCCAAGCUACGUGCUGCCUGGGCCAGGAGAACUUGUCCGACAAGUUUGCCGCCCAAGUCAAUGGCGGUCGGAACCGUGUCGACGGGUCGCCCACCAAUAGUGCCUUCUCUGCCGAGUACAUCGCAUUGGGGAUGGCCUCGUCUACUAUCAACCACUUAUCUUGGCCCCCGCCGUUGUCGCUGGCAUGUAGUGUACCGGCCGGUCUUCACGACGUCCUCGGCAAGGUCAAUGUCCCGGAGCGUCAGCCUGGUCAUCGACCUGGUCGCAGAUGA